GGCAAGCGGCGGAUCUCAACGGACCCUGGAGGGACAAUGGAAGCGCAGGCGCAAGGUCUGUUGGAAAGACAAGCAUUGCAAGAGGCAGAUGAAGAUAUGGUCACUGAUGUUGAUUUUACCAACACACUUUCUGAAGAAGAGCGAGAAGAGUUAAAAGUUGAACUUGCCAAGCUAGAAGAUGAAAUCUCAACUUUACGACAAGUGUUAGUAGCCAAAGAGAAGCAUCUUGUGGAAAUAAAACAAAAACUUGGUAUCAACUUGAUGAAUGAACUGAAACAGAACUUUAGCAAAAGCUGGCAUGAUGUGCAAACCACCACUGCUUAUAAGAAGACUCAAGAGACUCUGAGCCAAGCAGGACAAAAGGCCACAGCUGCUUUCAGCAAUGUUGGGACAGUCAUCAGCAAGAAGUUUGGAGACAUGAGGUCGCAUUCACUUGGUUACUCUAUUCGUCAUUCCAUAAGUAUGCCUGCUAUGAGGAAUUCUCCUACAUUCAAAUCUUUUGAAGAAAAGGUUGAGACCACCGUCACAAGCCUUAAGACAAAAGUUGGAGGUGCAAGCCAAAGUGGAGGAAGUUUUGAAGAAGUUCUCAGUUCUACUGCCCAUGCCAGUGCCCAGAGUUCCAGUGUGGGCACUCGACUUCCAGAAACAGAAGAGGAGCUUCAGUGCUAGAUUGAAGAGA